CUUUCCACAACACCACCACUACUUUCUCUUUAAUCAUUGGUUGAAUCAAUGACGAUAUCUGUAUCCUCAUCAAACUCUCCUAAACCACAAAUCAUCACUGAGAUGAGCAAGGAUUUGCCAAGGAUAAUGCCUGUGUCCACAUCCACAUCGUGCAUGUUUAGGGUUUCACUGUGUCAAAAGAUCAAACGACCUAAUACACCAGAGAAAACCAGGAGGAAGAACCAGAAGAAAACAUACAAGAAGAAGAUGAAAGAAGAGAAAGGAAAGAGAGGUUUCAUCAGACCCGGGUUGGUGUUUCCAGUUAAGAAGAUGACUUCUGUAAUUUCCGGUGCCUUCAGACGCAAGAAAACACCCAAAGUUGAAAACAGAGAACAGAGAGAUGAUUCUGAAAGAGAGACUACUGAAGCUGCUAAGAGCAUGGCUGUUGUUAAAGCAAAACCCAAGCAUAUCUUACUUCAGAAGAAGAGUUUUUGGGGAAGCGCAAGAAUUGGACUCAAGAUACUCAUCUUAGGGCCAAGAUUGAAGACGAGAAGAAGAAGAAGAAGAAGAAGAAGACAAAGAAGAAGCGUAAGCUUCAGCGAGGGUAAUGGAGACGAGGAGCUAUGCAAGAAGAGAAUACUAAUGGGUGAAAGAUGCAAACCGAUAAACCGGUCAGGUGUUUUGCAGUAUGAUGGUGAUGGGAUUCUUGUCCCCGAGCCAUGACCAUUGUUAGUAGUCAUAGUACGUUGCUUAUCACAUCUUAAAUAGUCAAGAGUAUGUUUCUUACUUCUUGUCGAGAGAUGCAGAUAUAGUUGUUGUUGUUUUUUUCUUUUUUUAUGCAGGUAUAUUUGUACAAACUUUAUUUCGUAUCAGUGUCAAUAUCUUAACAAUCUUUAAACUAAGGCUACAUUUGAAGAUCUAUUAACACUGCCUAAACCUUUGAUAGACAAUCCACAUCAACACUAAUUAACUAAGAACAUCCCCGAUAUAUUUUGCUAAUUUUUUUUUUUUUUAAAUAGAGAUGUUGUUUGCUCCAAUGUACUUUUCUAUAAUAGCAUUGUUCAAAAUAUAAAGUUAAAAUAGAUUGUUAUUUCUUCUAUAAAUAGAAAAAAAAUAGCAAUUUCUAUUUUAAAGAAAAAAAUAUCAAGAGAUUGGAGUGAAUUUACCUCUAAAUAAUAUUAUAAAAGACAAAAUUGUAAUGGGUCGGAAAUGCUCUAGACUGAAGGAAUAAUAUGGAGAGAUUUGAGAUUAAUUACAUGGACUAUUAUGAGUAAAGCAAUUGUAGUUUGUUCAUCUUUGUAACUGUUCUGGAGUUUGGUUGCUUGUAGAGGAUGGUGACGUGUUGUUGAUGUUGUUAGGACUAGUCUUUUGUUCAAGAGGUGGAAAAAUCUCUGGCUUUUAUUGAUUCCCUUGUUGGCUUUAGCCGCCGCUAAUUUCCCAAAUUACAAUGCCUUUGAGAAUUUUGUAAAUAGGGGUUCAUCCUUGCACAAGCUAAAGUUAAUUAUUCUUAGGGAUGAAAAUGAUCAGUCGUGUGUCACACGGUGGAUAGACUCUGUGGUUAAGCAUAAACUCAAGCAUCUUGAUGUUGAGUGUCACGUGAAGCGUUAGUGUUUCUAGAAGAGAUUCUCUUAGACCAUCUCCAAUGGUACACUAUAAUUUUCUCUAUAUUUCACUCUAAAAUAGAAUAACUCUAUUAUAGAGUUGAAUUUGCUCCAAUGGUUUACUAUAUAAUAGAGUGAAAUAUAUAGUAUUUUUGUUUUUUUACUCUAUAUUUGGAAUAAAAAUCAAGAAUACUCUAUAUUUCACUUUAUUAUAGAGUAACUCUAUUAUAGAGUGAACUAUUGGAGCAAAUUCAACUCUAUAAUAGAAUUACUCUAUUUUAGUGUAAAUUAUAGAGGAAAAAAUAGAAUCUCUUUGGAAAUGCUCUUAAACCUUUAUAUGUGACGAUCUAGCACUUGCCAAAUCAUAUUUUGUUAACCGCUACAAAAUUAAAUUUUAGGUAUAGGUUUACAAUCUGAUUGAGACUAUAGUCCCCAUUCUUGAAGCUAAUUUUUUCGAUUUUUUUUUUGAACUUGUAUGUUUAUAUGGUAGCUUGAGCAUACGCUAAACAAAACCGACCAUUUGUUGACUCAUUGAAGCCCUUUGACCAAGGUAAUUACCAAAUCUUGUCGGUAACCAACAACAAUCAGGUGGUUUCAGAUUUAUUUGUCGUCGUUCCCUCAAAAUUUUCUAUCUCUUUUUACCUAAUGCCAGAAUUGAAGAUCUUUUGCUUCUUCCUCGUUUCUUCUCUCUCUCUCUAUAUAAUGGUCAUAAACAAAGCUCUCGUUACUUUAUAGUUCAACAUAUAUACAUUCAAGUUAUUCCGGGAGCGGAGACAUAUUAACGGAGCUCGGAUUCAUCAACCCAGGUAUGUUUGUUUUCGUCUCUCUCAGGUUAACUAACUGUCUAGCUGCGUUUCACUAGUUGAUAUUUAUGGGAUUCUUAUGGCCAAGUUGAUGGGCUCUUUGUGUCAUAGCAUCGUGCAACAUUCGAGUUUUCCAUUUUCAUACUGCAACAAGUUUUGUCUAAACUUUUAUGUGUGUGCUUACUUAUAUAUAUAUCCAUAGCUACGGAUCGCGUGUAGGUCCCGUGAUGACCUAACUCAUCAUGUGGUUCUCGAUUAAGUUCGGUUGCCGAAAUUGUAACUUCCCACUAGAAGUCUCCUGGAGUCCUGGUGGUAUGGUAGCCUAUGUAAUGUUUCGCACGUCACGUGUUCAUGCAUUAUAGCUUAUAUAACUCAUUACCACGCACGCUCUUAAAUUCAGAUCUAAAGUUAAAACAUUUUAGUUACACAUAAUCGGUAAGAUUCGAAGAUCCUUUAGUCUAUUUUUAGUAUAUUAAUGUUUUCAAAUACUUUUGAAUUUCAAAUAUCCAACCUGUCUUAUUUAUUCAUAAUCUUUAUAUAUUUUUGUUUCUCAAGUCCAAAAUAUAAACCAGUUUUGUUUUUAAAGAAUUUGUGCGCAUGAUUGUUGCCGACAUAUUGGGGAUUCAUCCAACGAACCAACCAAUACAGUGUUUGUUGUUUUCUUAUGUCCCAUCACACCGAAAGACUACGGGUCACACGCAGUCCCCAUAAUCUGGGUCCCACUAACUGUUCCCUUCUCUCGAGGAAUGUGAAACACGAAGGUUCGUGUCCAGAGCGUCUGACUAUUGCGACCUGACACGGUACGGUUAUCGAUCCGGUUCACUCGCUGUAAAUACUACUAAAAAUAUCGGUGAUCAAACCGGAAUAUAACCAUAUAUUGUGCAAAUGAAUCGAACCAGACAAAUCAUUCCUUUAUCAUCAUGACAUGAGCUGUCUUUCAGUUAAAAUAAAAAAAAUUAUAAAAACGAUCAAAUUAGUUGUCAAAUAAUAAUACUACUCGAGAUAUUUGUGUGAACUAUUCCUUUUCUUUUCACGAGAGUUAUUUGGGUGAGAUUAGUGAUUAUUUAUAUUGCAUUUUGUCUGACAUACAAAAGGAUCUCAAUUGAUCUCUAUCAAUUAAUUAUAUCUGCAUGAAUCUUUAUGAAGCAUUUCUUUUUUACAAUAUAUGGACCACAUUCACAUGUUAUAAUAAUCAUAUAAUUGUUUAUGGCUUGCAGUAUAUAAACCUGUUUAUCUAUACUUUAGAAGUCUUAUGUUAAACGUGUAUAACGACGACUUAUGUACUUUAUAUUUUCUUUUUGCUAAAUACUUUAUAUCUAUUUUGCAUGCUCAAAUUGUUGUUUUCCCACUAUGCGUUUAAUUACCAAUUAUUAUCAGUUCGAAUUAUACAAGCGUUUGCUAAGGACGGAACUAGUUAUCAACAUUUGAGUCGAAGGGCCACAAAUAACAAUCAGUGCACUGCCUUUUUAAAAAAGUUAGAGCGCACUAUUGUUAAGUCAUUUCUGUCAAUUUCAUUUUUUUUCUUCCCAUCUUGGUUGGCCGGGAGUAAAAAUUUGUAGUCAAUAACAUAAAACCAGCACAUUUACAUAAACUAAUUUUAAAAAUACAUUUCCUCCGUUUUAUAAAGAGGGUCACUUAGAAUUUUUUCAAGCAUAUUAAAAAUGAUUAAAAUGUAUUAACUUUUUUAUUAAUUAUAUCCAUUUGACCAAUAAUAUUUGAGAUAAAUAAUUUAUUUAUAAUAUCAUUACAUUUUACAAUUAAUAUUAAACUGAAAAUAAGUAUAAAUUGAGUUGGGAUUCUAAAAUGAUAUUUUAUGUAACAAUUUUUUUUUAAAAUGACAUUUUUUAAAAAACAAAUGGAUGUAUAAUUUACAAAACUAAUUUACUUCAACUGACUUCUGCAUAUAUGAAUAAAUUAUAAUUUCAGAUUUUUUUUUUGAAAUGAUUUUCAUAUAAUUUAAUUUCAGAAAUUAGUUUUGCCAUCGACGGAAAUAUCUUUUGGUAAGAAAACUGACUAUUUCAGUUAAAUCAUAUGUAUUACGUAUUAUUCCAUCAAUUGAUGUCUUGACAUACGGAAAUAUUCUUACAACGAUAAUUAAUCAUAUGACGCAAUACCCAAAAGAUGUAAUAUCAAUCAUACAUUCAUAUAUACAUGCACGUAUAUAUUUAUUUUUUUUGACAUGAAUCUCCUGCUUUUAGUUCAAAAUGAAAACCAAUCACAAGUAAACUUCCCGAGUUCUAGACGCACCAUUACAAUCCUCCGAUAAAACAAAAUCAACAUGCUCUGGAACAGACUCAAAAUAAUACAAACUAAACAGUAAAAAAAAUGGAUAGUUAGCUAAUCCGUCUGUAAAUAUAUGUUUAUGAUAUACAUGUAUAUAUGACUGAGUGAUUAGAUUCCUCAAUAAACUUGAUUUUAUAUAUUGUUUUGCUAUUAUUCGUAUAAUAAUUGCAUAGCAUCAGACCGUUAAAAAAAUGCAUAACCACAACGGAACUGUUGACAUUCUUCUUAUACGGAUAAUGUAAAUAAAUAGUAUAACUGAUUAUUUUAUUUAUCUUGGCUAUUAAUACAUUCAGUCAGAAACUAUUUAUAUUUUCUGGUUUGCACAGAAAAAUAUUUGAUCUAUAAAUUUGAUAAUUUGACCUUUAUUUGUUGGAUCUGUUUUGUUUGACUCCUGAUGCAACGAUUGGGACACACUCAUCGCUUAACCUACACCACAAAUUUCAUUUUAUCACAUACUUACAUCAUUUUUCCAUUUUAUUGUUUCUGACAAUAAUUUCUUAUCAGCACCUAAAUAUGACUACCAUAUUUAUUUCAACAACAUUUUAAAUUAUUUAAGUUCUGUAACAAAUUUUUAAUAGUUGACAAAAUAAUUGUUUAACGUCUGGAGAACUUAUAAAAACAUAUCUCGUAGUUGUCGCCGUUAAGAAUCCCAAACUAAAUAUUAAAAUUUGUUUUCAACCAACCAGAUUUAUUUUAAAACUUAAACAACAACAAAUAUCUUG